UCUCGUUUAGACUGUAGAGAAGAUAGCGAUAGAGGCGUGAGUGCGUUCUAGGGAAUAUUUUCCUAAUAAAUAAUGUAGGCUAGUCUACAUCCAUAGGCUAUUCUGAUAAAAUGCUGUGAGCGAGGGUCCUUGAAUAUUUUGUUUUGUGUGCUUGACACCGUGGUGUCGAUAUUUUGCGUACACCGGUGUUUCUUAGCCCUAGGGGGUGCAUUGUGGGCAAGGAAAGAAUUUGCGGGCUCUAACAUCUCACUGCGCGUGGGAAAAAGUGGUGCAGACCAGAGCAGUGUAGCCUACGUGGAACACGAUCGUUGCAGCGCCAUCAUGUUGAAACACAGCAGUCGAAAGUCGCUUUGUGCAUCGGUAAUUCGCUCAAAUGUCACGAUGCAGCAGGAGUUGACCAAUCGGGCCUAAUCCAUGCAAAUUGUUUGAAGGUAUCGAGCAGAGGGACCAGUAGGAUAAAGAUGGUGAAGCGGAAUGUUACGCGAUCUACCAGUUCCUAGUCAUGAACAGAGCAGACAUCAUUGAAGUUCUUGAGAGAGCAGCCAAGGAAGGGAAGAAGUCCAUUUGAGCAGCGGCAAGGGAUGAAAAACAUCUACUGAAUGACACUGAAGAGGUAUAUUGACAAAAAAGAAAAGGAAUAUGUACCUGUGUGAAAGAGUAGCAGAUGCUCAUGAGGUCUCAUCUGAUGACAUGAGCUUGCUAAACAUAUUAAGAAUCUCGCGGACCAGUUUCAUGGGCUUAGUAUCCUCAAAUGCAGAGAACUUGCCUACGAGUUGGCACAUUGAAACAACAUCCUUGUCCCAGACAAUUGGUCAAGAAAUGGAAGGGCAGUGCUGUGAGUGGUGUCUCCUAGGAGAUGGAAGGACCAUGUUCUAAAGGUAAACAGACCACAGCAGAGUGAUGAGCUACAAGCAGCAGGGGGAGGGGCUAGGUGAUGCUGUCUUGGAUGACCAUAAGGCUUCACCUGCUUCCAGAAACCAGCAACCCAAUGGCACAUCAGGAGAAGGGGGGGGAGAAGGGGUCCCUGUCCGGAGAAGUUGGAGACCCUGCCAAAUGCUCGGUCAAGAUGGGCAGGAUCAUCACCACCACCAUCAUCCUCCUAUUCCGCACCAAGGCUCGGGCCGCGGCCCUGCACGGCACCGUAGGCGAACUCCCUCAGGGCAGGGCCCAUCCAGACAGUGGGAGGGAGCAGACAUGGAGCCUCCUCGCCACACCCAGCCGCCCCGCCCUGGCGUGGCCCGCUACCGCCGCCAGGGAGAGCCCAGGGUCAGAGUUCACGGACAGACACCGCCGACGAGAGACGGCCAAGACACCCAUGCCCCGCCGUUUCAACAGCAACGGUCAUCUGGCACUCCCCUGACUGAACAGAGGGACAUGACUGGUCCCGCAACAAUGAAGCAGCAGCACCCCCCACACUCCUGUCCACCCCACCACACACAGAACAGUGGAGCACCUGACCUUACUGCUGGUACCUCUCCUACCCCCACACACCACACACCAUGUCCUACUGCCCCUGAUCCCCCUUCCCAAGACCUGUAUCCACCCCUUCCCAACAUAGAGUCUCCCCAACCUCAGGAGGAAGAAGAGGCAGGGUACAGCUCAUCCAUAACGCAGUCUGUUAGUACUCAAAGUGGAUUUGACAACCAGACAGACCUAGAGAACCAGAGGGAGGGGGACCAUGGAAAGGGGGAUCUAAAAGAGACCGGUCUGGUAGAAGAAGACAGAAGCAAGAGGGAUCUGGUAGAGGAUGACCAGGAAGAUGGAACUAAUGAGUACUGUUCUGACACUGAGAGUGCUGCCUUGCUAAGCAUGGAGUCUCCGCCCCUGAGUUCACCUCCUCACCAAUCACCAUUCUUGCCCCCUCCACUUCAGUCUGAGAACUCGGACCAAUGUAGUGACGAGUUUAGCCCAAGCCCCACCUAUGAAAAUGACAUAAUGCCUGAUGAUGAGAGCUGCACUGAUUCUCCACUGUCCCACCCCAAAUCCUUCACCUUCAGAGACUCGUAUCCUAAGACCUAUGCAGAAUUUUAUAAUGAGUCCUACCCACAGUCAGAAUCUGUCACAGAAUCCUACACAGAGCCCUAUGCAAAAUCCUACCCCCAGUCUUUCCCUGAACCCUUGAAAUUGAUUAAUUAUCCAGACAGGAGAUCUGAGGCUGACUCUGAGCCAUAUUCAGAACCUCACCCAGGGCCCUACAGUCGUAGACAGAGGGAGCAUAUUUAUAAGGGAGCUACAGACACUGAACCCCAACCCCGUGACUCCUGGCCAGGUAGGGAUGUGGGGUUACCACAGACCAGCCACCAUUGGCAGGGACGCUCAGUCGGCUCAAGACUACACCAUUACGAUGACACUACGUCUGACGGGGAGGGCGACAGCCUCAAAGAAAGCCCCAGAUCCCAAAGCCUGGGGCCACCUCCCUGGAAUGUGCAAGUUGAAGCCCAGUCAGAGCGUCCCAGCUCUGGGCAGCCUGGUUCAGGUGAGCUCCAGGAUGAGCAGGCCGGGAUGGAGCUCCGAACUCCAGUGGAAGGCCUUUCCGAGGACCGUGUCACAUGCUCAGGGGAUGCUAUCUCUCUGGCCAUCAGGAACAUCCGAGAGGCCAUAGAGGAGGUGAAGACAAAGACGGUGCACUCGCCCUACACUCCUGACCAGCACAUAGAGCCUGUGUGGGUGAUGAGACCGGAGGUCAGUCCUAAUGAGGACGAAUCCUCCCCAGAGCAGCCACCGGGAGGCAACCCUGUCUCUCAGUCUCCUUCGCACUAUAACCCGGUCCAUGUUCCAGUACCAGCUCCAGCCCUAUCCCGAGUUACAGCCCCAUCCCGAGUUCCAUCCCGAGUUCUGGUGCCAGUCCCAGAGCAUGUCUGUCCUGUGAGGGCAGAGUCCUCCAGAACACACCAGGUUCAUCAGAGGGAGCAUAGAGAUCAGAGGGAGCCGCCUAGGCCACCAUCCAUUGAGGAGAUCCAGAGGCAUAUGCCGUCCUUCCCUACAUACGUGGAAGUCCCAGGGCCAUGUGACCCACAGGAUCUGAUUGAUGGCAUCAUUUUUGCAGCCAGCUACCUGGGCUCCACCCACCUGCUGUCAGAGAGGACUCCCACUAAGAGUGCCCGCAUGCAGCAGGCCCAGGAGGCUAUGAGCCGUGUCAGGACCGCACAAAAGCAAGCUAAAAACAGAAAGAAGACUGGGGGUGAGAUUCCUUCUUCCACUGAAGUGGAUCUCUUCAUGUCUACACAGAGGAUCAAAGUGCUGAAUGCAGACACUCAGGCGUCCAUGAUGGACCUGCCACUGAGGACCAUCUCCUACAUUGCUGACAUAGGCAACAUGGUGGUGCUGAUGGCCAGGGGGAAGAUGGUACGUUCCAGGAGCGCUCAGGAACAUCUGAACCAUACAACUGACCACUCUGACCACACCAACAGCCCAGCCCUCGACGACCUCCCCCAGUACAGGAUGGUCUGCCACGUGUUUGAGUCGGAGGAUGCCCAGCUCAUUGCCCAGUCUAUUGGCCAGGCCUUUAGUGUGGCAUACCAGGAGUUCCUGCGGGCCAAUGGCAUCGACCCAGAGGACCUGAGUCAGAGGGAGUACAGCGACUUGCUCAACACUCAGGACAUGUACAACGAUGACCUCAUCCACUUCUCCAAGUCAGAGAACUGCAGAGAUGUUUACAUAGAGAAGCAGAAGGGAGAGAUUCUGGGUGUGGUCAUAGUGGAGUCAGGCUGGGGCUCUAUUCUGCCCACCGUCAUCAUCGCUAGCAUGAUGCAUUCUGGGCCUGCGGAGAAGUCUGGUCGACUCAACAUUGGUGACCAGAUCAUGACCAUCAAUGGAACCAGUCUGGUUGGACUGCCCCUCUCCACUUGCCAGAGUAUCAUCAAGGGUCUGAAGGCCCAGUCCAAGAUUAAGUUGAACAUCGUCAGGUGUCCCCCUGUCACUAUGGUGCUGAUCCGCAGACCAAACCUCCGAUACCAGCUGGGCUUCAGCGUACAGAAUGGCAUUAUCUGCAGCCUGAUGAGGGGGGGCAUUGCUGAGAGAGGAGGGGUCCGUGUCGGUCAUCGCAUCAUUGAUAUCAACGGUCAGAGUGUGGUGGCUACACCUCAUGAGAAGAUUGUUCACGUCCUGUCUAAUGCAGUGGGAGAGAUCCACAUGAAGACGAUGCCUGCAGCCAUGUACCGUCUAUUGACUGCCCAGGAACAGCCUGUCUACAUCUGAGACUUGCUCUCUCUCCCUGGACAAAACUCUAUUCCAGUUCACAUCAAGAGGAUUUUACUUCGGUUUUUAUUUAAUUACAUUUAUCAGCCAUGUAUUUGAUUUUCACAUCACUGUUUGCUUAAAAUCAAAGUAUUUUCAUGCCACUCCGCACUGACUUGCCUUAAUCUGAACCUGUUAAACAUGAAUGACAGGUGCAUCUCUGAAGUAAAACGGCACAGAGUAAUUUACCAGGCAGAUUGAUGUUUGAUCAGUAACCAGAUAGCUGAAUUUAAAUAUGCAUAUUGAGGAAAAACAGAGCAAGGAAUACCUUUGGUCUUUCAGGAUCCUAUGAAUGUACUGUAAACUGUCUCCAUGGGGGUGUGGUAACCCAAAUGUGAGCUUUUCAUUGGACCAAAACCACUUGCAUGUAACUCUGCAAUGUCCUUAGAUGUUGCAGCUGUGCUAUAAUUUGCACCUGGUUGAAUGAACUCCCAGAAACCAUCCUGCCUGAGAAACACAACAGUCACCACUAUUUAUAGAAUGAACUAAGACAUGACACAAAUGAACGUUUAAAAUAGAUUUAUUUGAGAAAGUUAACUAGCCGCAUGAAUCAAAUAGACGGGUGACAUUCCUGAUAAAAACAAGAAUAGCGCAUAUGCCAUAAAAAUGUGAUUGUGUCUCAGGUUGUAUGUAAACUGGCAUGUUUUGUCCAUCACCUCAGAGCCUAGUGCUGACUGCUACACUAUAAAAGGCACUUUGUAUGCACUGAUCUCUAGUAUUAAAAUACACAAAAGGACAGUACAGUAAAUCAAAGGGUAUGCAAUGAGGGCCAGCUGGAGACAGAAUACCCCAUGUCUGUCCAGAUAAGCAUUAUUUGUUACAUUGAAAUAAGAUUUAUAACAUGUAAAGAGAUCAAAUAUAUACACACACGGUUAUAAAAAGUGUACUCGAACCCUAUUGGUUUGGAUAAAUAUGACUGAGGGUGAACAUCAAACACUACCCAUCACGGGGUUGGGAGGUUAAAAGGCAUAUACGCCAUCCACACAGUCAAUGUAAGGACACACCUGAAUGGGAUAUAUCGUCCUGCCACUAGGUGGGAGCUCAGGACAGGCACAGGAAUAGGGUGUUUGAGUAACCACAGUAAGGUGUAACAGGUGGAUCUGCCUGUCCUACAUCUCGGUGUCUUUGUAUUUCUGGGGGUUGCUGUAGUAGCCUCGUCUGGUCUGGUUGGCCAGCUGUCUGCGGUACUCUUCCUCAUCGUCGUCGUAGUGACCCCUGCUCUCAGAGUGCGGUGGCCUGGAGGACGGAGUCUGGGGCUCUGGGUUGGAGCUGGAGCUGGACACACAGGAGAGCGAGAGAGACAUUUUCGUUCAUUCAGAUUGUUGGGCAUUGAGUCUGUAAAAAAAAAAUAUAUUCAACACAACCUGAACCCAACCUGACAGGCAGUGGAAAGUUAGGUAAAAAUUAACAUUUGUGUGGUGACCGACAAGGUUAAAUAGAUGAACUUACCCUAUUGGCUGUGGGCGGUUGUGGUUGGGCUUUGGUAGUUUCACUGGGACUGCAUAGAUGUCUGGGUGCUUCUGGGCUAUUUCCAACUACAGUCAAGAGAGCAGAAGGAGUUUGACAGUUGUGUCAACGCACAUACUGUACAUUAUGAACAUAAAGUUGGAAGUUUACAUACACCUUAGCCAAAUACAUUUCAACUCAGUUUUUGACAAUUGCUGACAUUUAAUACCAGUAAAAAUUCCCCAUCUUAGAUCACCACUUUAUUUUAAUGUGAAAUGUCAGAAUAAUAGUAGAGAGAAUGAUUUCUUUCAUCACAUUCCCAGUGGGUCAGAAGUUUAUAUACACUAUUAGUAUUUGGUAGCAUUGCCUUAAUUGUUUUAAUGACUCCAACCUAAGUGUAUGUAAACUUCCGACUUCAACUGCAUGCACUUGAAUAUACCUUUUGGUACUUGCAAUAAAACAUUUAAAUCAGAA